AUGGCCGAGGACCCGUACAAGGUGCUCGGGGUCAAGGAGGGCACGCCGGGCGACGAGCUCGCCAAGGUGAUCAACCGCAAGAAGCUGCUCUACAAGACCGAGCCCGAGAAGCUCAAGCAGAUGGAGGACGCGUACGAGCAGAUCGUUCAGGCGUCCCUCGCCGCCAGGCUCCGCGGUGACAUGUCCGGGGUGUCCGAGUCGGCUCGCAAGAACGACCUCGCGCCUUCGCUCUUCGGACCCUGGGCGCCGAUACCUUCGGAGGCGCCGCUCAAGGACAAGAAGGUGAACAUCGCCAUCUCCGUCGCCGCCGUCCUCUUCGUGUGGUUCACCCCGGGGACCAUUCGCACGAUCCAGCCCAUCAUCUACGCCACCAUCUUCCACGCCUUCCGCAUGUUCAUGAAGCUGGUGGACGUGGACCCCGGGCCCUCCGCGAACAUCGAUCGCGACGCGGCGACCAAGCACAACAACAAGAGGUUCUUCCGCGCCUUCGCGCUGGUGAUGGGCACGUUCGCGGUGUCCCUCGGAAUCACGUAUUGGAUCCCCAACAUGAUCUUCGAGACGUUCAGGUUGCAGGUGCCGGUGUGGUAUCUCCUCAACCAGGAGGUCUUCGUCUCUGUCAUCGUCGGCGGCUGCCUCGCUUACCUCACCUGCUUCUACCGCUAA